AUGGUAAAUGCCUACAAAAGCAGCAGCAACGCCGCCCUGGGGCUGAGCAAUUCCCCUAUCCCGUUCGACGUGCAAGACGGCGAGUCAGUAGCCAUUCAGGAUGAGGAUACGGCUAUCCCAUCCGGUCAAAUCGAUCCUGUCUACGAGAAGAAGGCUAAAGUGUUGAACCGCGCAGUAAGGCCCUACCAAUCGGUGAUUACCCUCGGAUCAGUAGGAGUGGCGGAAUUUAAAGAGGCGCACGUCCUAACGUACUCUCAGAUCCAACAAAUCGGCAUGGGUGCCUAUCAAUGGCAGCUCUUCGUUGUCAUCUCCUUCGGCUGGGCCUCCGACAACCUUUGGCCCGUCACGACAUCACUGAUACUCCCUCCUUUAAUAGUAGAGUUCCUCGGCCCUUCCCCAAACGCGUCUCGUAUCGCCCCACUUCUCACGCUGGGUCAGAGCAUCGGCCUAUUACUCGGGGCUCUCUUCUGGGGCUUCGGCAGUGACGCUUUCGGCCGACGCUGGGCGUUCAGUCUGACAUUAGGCGCAACGGGAGUUUUUGGCCUCGUGGCAGCAGGGUCAUCGUCAUUUGCGGCUGCGUCGGUUCUCGUCGCAGCUUGGUCGUUUGGUGUGGGCGGGAAUCUUCCUGUCGAUUCAGCAAUAUUCCUCGAAUUUUUGCCGGCCUCACAUCAAUACCUGCUCACCGUGCUGUCAGCGGCAUGGGCAAUUGCACAAGUGGUCGCCACACUUCUCGCGUGGCCCUUGCUUGGGAGGAUGACGUGUCAAGAAGAGGAUCCGAACACACGGUGUGAGAAGAAAGACAAUAUGGGGUGGCGAUGGUUUUUGCUUGUCAUGGGCGGCAUGACGAUGUUGAUGUUUCUGGCGCGGUUUGUGCUGUUCACAAUGCAUGAGUCGCCCAAAUAUCUGAUGGGAAAGGGAAAGGACGAGGACGCCGUGAAGGUUGUGCAUGAGGUAGCCAGAAGGAAUGGCAAGACGAGCACCCUGACGGUCGAAGAGCUGAGGGCGUGUGAGCCAGAGGGGUACCCCCUCUACAAUUCAUUCCUCCCUUACAUCCAAGCAACACGCGGCCUUGAUUUUGGCGAUGGAUCGACGUACCUAACAUACCGGGACUCACUUAUCAUCGCGGCUGUUGGAGUACCAGGCGCGUUUGUUGGCGCCCUGCUGGUUGAGCAACCGAAGCUGGGCCGAAAGGGCACGCUGUCGUUGGCGACGGUGCUUACUGGGGCGUUCCUGUACGCGUCUACGACGGCGGUGAAUUCGAACGCCUUGCUGGGUUGGAACUGCGCAUACAGCUUCACCAGCAAUAUCAUGUAUGCUGUGCUCUACAGCUUUACCCCCGAGCUGUUUCCAACACCACAGAGGGGCACCGGGAAUGCUCUGAGCGCGACAUGUAACCGGGUGUUUGGAAUCAUGGCGCCGCUCGUCGCCAUUUUUGCCGAUUUGAAUACUGCCGUUCCUGUGUAUAUUAGCGGGGGGUUGUUCAUUGCCGCUGGUUUGUUGGUCCUCUUCUUGCCUUUCGAGUCGCGAGGGAAGGCGGCUUUAUGA